AUGUGGGAAUUCCUGAAGCAGAAAGCUGUCUCAUCGACCGCAGAGAUCUUCUCGGAGUACGAGGGAGAUUUGACGCUGGUUGUAGGACCACCGCCGCAGCCUGAUAACCAACCCGGCCAGGACACCCUGUCUGUCCCAACCAAGCACGAAAGCCGAAGAUUCCGAGUCGAUUCAAAGACAAUGGCCACAGUUUCGGAUGUUUUCGAUUGCAUGCUAUUCAGCGGCUUCGCCGAGUCAAAGCCUGCAGCAGAACCCUGGGUCGUAAACUUGCCUGACGAUAACCCUUGGGCUAUGUUCUUCAUUGUUGCGACCGCCCAUGGAUACUCCAACUACAUUCCGGAUUGCCUUGGCACCGAUGAACUUCGAAUUGUCCUACAUCUAAUAGAAAAGUACGCCGUGAAGCCCAUUCUGGCCGGUUGGCUGCAGAAAUGGAUCUCCGAAUGUCCCGACCACCAGUCUCUGUCCCAAGAUGUUGCCUGGCUCAUUGGCCAUGAAAAGAUCUUCACCGAUCACGUCAAGGCGCAUUGCGAGAAUGCUCGCAUUGACGCUUUGAUCAAGAAGGUCGAUGGAUUCUUGACAAGCCCCAUGCGUGCUCCAGGCUGA